AAAAGGUAAAUCACCAAACCACAUACCAAGGUUCGGUAUACCACUAGUAUUUUGUAGUAGUAGUAAUUUAGAAAUUAGAGCGCAAAUUCUAAGCGCAAGCAAGCGCAACCAGAAGAUCAGGCUCCCAAAAUAGAAGUGGAUGCAUGAAGAGUGCCACGUUGCCACUUCUCCUCCUCGGUGCCAACCGACAAUAUCUCUACUGCUUUCUUCAAAUCUCCUCUCUCCUUCCUAUUCACUUUUCUCCCUAUAGGGUUUUUACAUUCUCUUCUCUUCUCAUACCAGUUUUCCUGUUCCAGAGAAAACUCCACGCUACGCUGUCCGUCCCUACUCAUCUCCAUUUCUGAUUGGCAUCCUCCACGUCUUCCAACCUGGAUCCCAUCCGGUUCUUUUAUCCGGAGUUAUCGACCAGAGAUCUGGCAAUUAAGGCCAUAAGUGGAGAAUUUUAGAUGGUAUGCAGCAGUUAUCCAAGGAGUGUGAUUGUUUAAAGGAUAAGAUUUACCGUUAUUUACAGGAAAAAUAUUAACCUCGAAAAGGGUGCUUUUAUAAGAUUUUUGAAGGAGUUUAUAUGCCUGUGCUGGAUUAACGUUUUCGUGAAGCUGUGAAUUUUGGGUGGGUGCAAGGAUGAUGGUUGAUUCAGGUGCAUCAACAAAUCAGGGUCCCAUUGUUGAUAUGAUAUCCGAGAAAGAUGGUGAUGGCGGAUAUGUUACUGGAGGGUGGAAAAGUGAAGAUGGAAAAUUAAGCUAUGGCUAUUCAAGUUUCAGGGGAAAGAGAGCAACCAUGGAAGAUUUCUAUGAUAUUAAAACUUCCAAGAUUAAUGGGCAGAUGGUCUGCAUGUUUGGAAUCUUUGAUGGGCAUGGUGGUUCUCAUGCUGCUGAGUAUUUGAAACAACACCUUUUUGAGAAUCUAAUGAAGCAUCCAGAGUUCAUCACUGACACCAAACUUGCCAUAAGUGAAACAUAUCCACAGACUGAUGUAGAUUUCUUGGAUUCUGAAAGAAAUACUUAUCGAGAUGAUGGUUCAACUGCUUCAACAGCAGUAUUGGUUGGUAACCAUCUAUAUGUUGCCAAUGUUGGAGACUCAAGGACUAUAAUAUCAAAGGCUGGAGAAGCUAUCCCUCUCUCAGAGGAUCAUAAACCAAAUAGAACUGAUGAACGGAAGAGAAUUGAAAAUGCUGGUGGGGUUGUUAUGUGGGCAGGAACUUGGAGGGUAGGAGGUGUAUUAGCUAUGUCUCGAGCUUUCGGUGAUCGCAUGUUGAAGCAAUUUGUUGUUGCAGAACCAGAAAUUCAGGAUAAAGAGAUCGAUGAAGAGUUUGAGUUGCUUGUGCUUGCUAGUGAUGGGUUAUGGGAUGUAGUGCCUAAUGAGGAUGCUGUUUCCCUAGCCGGAGCAGAAGAAGAACCUGAGAAAGCUGCCAGAAAGUUGACUGAAGCAGCGUUCACACGUGGGAGUGCGGACAAUAUAACAUGCAUUGUGGUGAGAUUCCACCAUGAGAAGGCUGCUCCAGUUAAUCCCAAGCAUGAGUAGAGGUCCUUAUAUGGUUUGCAUUUUCAUGUGUAGAUUUAUUGGCAAUUUGGUUUAAUUUUGAAAUUUGCAUGUGCCUUUUAUGGCCAAUGUGCAUUAUAUCAAGGACACAAUUUGUUUAUUCAUUGUUUUGUUUUCGGUUUCCCAAUGCGUGUGUAACACAUGAACCAAACGUCCUAUUUAUUACUACACUUUUACGCA